CACAUCCCUUUGUUAAAAUACCAUUCCAAAAAAGCUGCUUAUUUGUCUCUUUCAAAGAAACCUCACAUUCUUCAUCAUCAUUAAUGGGCUUUCACAGGAAUAAAUACGAGUUGUUCAUUCGGUUUUGGUUAGUGGAUGACUUAUGACUCUCACCAAGUCCAACAUUCACAUCAAUCUGUAGCAAUUUUGUAAAGGAAAGUUGAUUUCAUUUUUCAGUGGGUGGAAUUCUGUGGGAACCAGAUGACAAAGUCAUUCUGUAGUUCUUUUUUGAUGAAUUUGGGAGGUUACAGCAAAAUCUUGAAUCCCAAUUGAGAUGUGCGGAAGUGGUACAACUACUACUACUAUGUCACCAGACGUUUGUGGAUCUAGCUUGCUUUUAUCACUGCCUGAUGACGUGUUUGCUAUAGUAAGUAGAUCACUUUCUCCAAGGGAUGUAUGUAAUCUUGGUUUAUGCUGUAGAAACUUGCAUGAUUUAGCUGCCUCUGAGAAGGUUUGGCUAUCACAAUGUGAAAUGCUUGGGGUGGUUCCUUAUCGGGACGUUAUUGAAUGGCGAAAGGGAGUUUGUUCCUACAAGGCACUUUGUCACUUCUUUGUAAGCAUAAAGCCUUUGCUUGGUAUUUGGGUUCAUCAAAAUCCUGAACUCGGCAAUGUUGUUUAUGUUAUGCCUGGUUUUAUCUCUGCGGUUGGUUGUCGGAUUAUUCCCCAAGAACUUGGUCCAUUAGGCCUUGAAGACAGUCCAAUUUUGUGGUCGCCUGUAUUUGAAGUUGUUUCUGAUUUUGAGGGCUCUGCUGCAUUUUUCCUUCAUGGUAGGGAGAAUGGAACUGACUAUGUUUAUCCUGGUUCGCUUAAGAAGGUCGAGAGGACUUGCAAUGUGCUUUUGUUAGAGGUUGAGCCUCAGCAGUACACAAGUGGGGGUAAGUUGUUCCACAGCAAGAGUUUUCUUCAUCCUUCAGAGAAUGAGGCAUCACGGAAGAUAUGCAGAUCCAAUAAUGGGGUUUCUGUGUCAGAGAGGGUAACGGAACAGCGCGCAACAACAGUGCCCUUUGGACGGCUUGCAUUUGUUGAUAGGAGAAAGUUGCUUGACACAGUUACUAAUCAAGUUCGUCAAACGCUGCCAGAUGCUAAAGAUGCCAUAUUAUUUCCUUGUUUGAGAAGAGAGGAGGCUGAUUUACGGGAGAAUAUGAAACUCUUGUAUGAAAGGAGAUUGCUCUUCAUGCAAAUGUACGAUGGUGGUGGUGGUUUUACUGUCUGGAAGGCUGGUUCGGAGUUGCCUUUCCAUCCUUCUCCUGUCGGAUUGAGUGAGUUCAGACAGAAUCUUGAUCUGAUAAGUGGCUGUCAUGCCUCGCAAACUGCUACUGAUCAUGAGAGUCGUAGUCGGAAGUCACUGGCUGGAUAUGUUAAACACAGUCUAAAAUAUAUACUCAAGAAGUCAAACUCUAUCAAUGGCAAACGUGAUCUCCUUGGAAAGAAUUCCUCUGGCCACGGAAGUAAGCAUGCCCAGCUUCACGAGUUCCUGCAGCCAGGUGAUGCAAUAGGGCUGACAUUACAUGCUUCAACUGUGAAGUUAUCCUCUUAUCGUGCUUGGCCAAAUAUGCACGAAAGUAAAUUUGCUCUGUACAAGUUGCCUAUGCGGACACCAGAAGUGGGCCAAGAAUAUGCUGGUGUAUGGGGAGGGACUUUUGGUUGGCCCCCGGGGAGGCCUUCUGAUGAUAAGCCCGGAAAAGCAUUGUUUCUUCUUUUGCUGUCUUAUGAGGAGUCCCAAGGUCAGAAGCUACUUAUUGCGACCAAGAUAUUAGAAGGUACACAUUAUGUCUUGCAUCCUAAUGGGUCAGCUAUGUUUAUAGUAAAUAUUGAAGAGCCUUCGAAUGAUCCAUUCCCUUGGUGCACCGAUGGGCAUGAUUCCAACCCUGUAGAUGUUAAGCAUGCUUUUAUGGGUGAAGGUAUUGCUAACGGGUAUGGUUUCCGAUAUCCUGGUUCAAAACCUGGUUCACUCUUUGUAAUCCAUGAUAAAAUGCUUGCUUUUAUAUGGAAGGAGUCCAGGUCUGUGUUGGCCUUGCAGAGGCUCGAUUUGCAAGAGGUUUUGAGCAAGGGGGAAAGGAUCCCUGCUCUACCUCCGGUUUCCAAUUUUGCAUACCUUACCAGGUCCUAUUCAAACGUGUUUGCCAACGGUCUGACUUCACCAAGGCAAAAUCAUCCGUAGGGAUGACAUGCAAGAAGAGCAAAGAAUCUUUUGCUAGAAAUGGCCGAAACCCACAAAAAAAUUGGUGGAAAA